AGAGAAAGAGAAAGUAGUAGUUUAAUACUUUGUCUUCACAUAUUCUUUUAGCUAGAUUUUUAUUGAAUAAAGGGCACACAGUUAACUACACGGACUCUGUUGUGGACUGGUUGAGAAGUGGGAAGUUUAUGUGCUGAGGUUUUACUGCUCUUUGCCCUACCAUGGAGAGAUGUCCUUGUGAUUUGGGUGAGGUAACAGCGUACCAUGAUGAAAGCCUUCAGUCAUUUGAAGUGGAACCACGAGUACAGCUCACCCAAAAGGAGCCCAAGGCGGGAGAGAUGGAGGAUGAAGAGAUGUUGUCAAGCAUGGAUCCUCACCCCUUUCUGUCCUUAUUCCCGCUAGAGGAGUUUGAGUUCCCUGUCAGCAUUCGCCUACAAGAGUUGCCCCUUUUCCCCAAGUGGCACCUCCCUCUCAAGCUCAUGGCUGUUUUUCUGGCUGUAGCUUUUGUGUACACAUUCCUCCGGGACGUGAUGCAGCCUUAUGUGUCUCAGAGUAAAAAUGACUUUUAUAAGAUUCCCAUCCUGGUGUUAAAUAAAGUUCUACCCUGGACAUCAAUCACUCUGUUGGCACUUGUCUAUUUACCUGGAGGACUGGCUGCUCUACUGCAACUACACAGAGGCACUAAAUACAGCUCUUUCCCAGUUUGGCUGGAAAACUGGAUGGGUGUGAGGAAACAGUUGGGUCUGCUGGCCUUCCUUCUUGCCUGCCUACACGCCAUUUACAGCCUGAGCUACCCAAUGAGACGCUCUUACAGAUACAAACUCCUCAACUGGGCUUACCAGCAGGUACAAGAGAAGAAGGAGAACUCAUGGGUAGAGGAUGAUGUCUGGAGGAUGGAGAUCUACAUCUCACUGGGAAUCCUAGGACUGGGCAUUCUGGCCUUGGUGGCCAUCUCCUCGCUCCCUUCGGUUAUGAGCACACUAAACUGGAGAGAGUUCCAGUGUGUCCAGAGAAUUCUGGGACAUGUAGCCCUGUUUUUGUGCAUGGCUCAUGCUCUGGUGUAUGGAUGGAGGAAGUGGGUGGAGCUGAAGCACUAUGUAUGGUACACACCGCCAUCAUUUAUACUGGCCUCCUUCCUGCCAGGUGUGGUGUUACUGCUCAAGGCUGUGUUGGCCAUGCCCUGUUUCAACAAGAGACUGGAACGCAUUCAACAUGGCUGGGAAAGACCUGGGCGAAAGGGACUAAUAGACAAGGACUCUCUCUGACUUAAAUUUGUGUUUCAAGAAUGUUGGGUUUUAAGUCGUGGUUGUUUUGCAAAGUGCUGUUUUUCACAACUUAUGAAUGAUGUUUAAUUUUUUUGUACUAUAAUGCAUCAGGACAUUUAGGUAUGAACUAAUGUGAUCUCUCUUUUCUACUUAUUUUACAGUAGUUAUUAAUUGGAAAUACAGUACAAUUAUGUAUAUUGUUACUAUAGCAUAUUGUUCUGUAUAAAUGAAAAGAAAUAAAAUGUUUUGUGACUGAUAUAUGAUACUCUAUCAUGACUACCUCAUUAAGCUAUCACAAACAGAUUCAGAUAACAAAUAGCACAGGUAUCUUACACUCCAUUUUGGAGUUAGCUGGAGUUUUGGAGUCCUUCAUUAGCUGCUUAGUUAGGUUUAUUGUUCCUCAGUGUUCGGUCACUCUUGAGAACUGCAUGUGAAAUGUGAUAAGUGGGGGAAAGCUAACCUAAGCCCUGCAGCAAUGUCCUAAAUUAUACACUAUUGUACUAAAUAGUGUCUUAGACUUGUAUGACAUCAAUGGUGACAUUCGGCACCUUCCUAUUUGACCAUCUAUGUAGUAUGGUAGUACGGGAAUAAGAAUGCAGCCAUUGUUUUGAGGCCUACGUUUAUACUCGCUGCUUAUUAAGUUUCUUAUCAAGUAUGAAGUUUUGCUAAUGUAUAAAGCUCUGUAAAUCAGGGUCGUAAAAAAGCCCACUUCAGUACUUUU